GUUCAGGAGAAAGAGGGUACCAGAGCUCCAAGCUCGAUCCGGCACUUUUGGAUCCGUUUCCAUCGGUUCUUACAGCUGCUCCUCAGACCCUAGCAGCCAAGAUGGUGAAGCAAAUUGAGAGCAAGGUUGCUUUUCAGGAAGGCUUGGAGGCUGCAGGUGAUAAAUUUGUCAUGGUUGACUUCUCAGCCACGUGGUAUGGGCCUUGCAAAAAGAUCAAGCUUUUCUUUCAUUCCCUCUCUGAAAAGUAUUCCAACAUGGUAUUCUUUGAAGUACAUGUGGCUGACUGUCAGGAUGUUGCUUCAGAAUGUGAAGUCAAAUGCAUGCCAACCUUCCAGUUUUUUGUUGUUGUUUGUUUGUUUGUUUGUUGGACAAAAGUGGGUGAAUUUUCUGGAGCUAAUAAGGAAAAGCUUGAAGCCACCAUUAAUGAAUUAGUCUAAUCAUGGUUUCUGAAAACAUAACCAGCCAUUGGCUAUUUAAAACUUGUAAUUAUUUUUAUUUA